GAUGAAAUGAUCAUGUUUCACGUAUUUUUACAGAUGUUGUGACUUCUAUGUUAAAAAGAGUAGGUGUUGCUCUAUUUAUGUUAGUGCUCUUUAAAAUGGAAUAAUCAGAGGGGUGGAUGUCAUUAAAAAACAGGCAUGGGUGACACAAUUUCUCUUUUUCGGAUGGCCCUGUGGACAGCAUUUGUAGGAAUCACCAUGCAUUUGCUGGUGAAGUUAUCAUCAUGGUUCUGGGGGCAAUAUGAAAUCAGGAAAUGUACUUACGCAUACUGGCCUUCAUUGCCUUAUCAUUGGUUUUGGGGUCAUUAUCAACUUGCUGCAGUUAUUCAGAAGUCACCCGAAAAAAUGAUUGAAUUUAUCAAAUCUGCCACUGAUAAAUUUAGUCAUGGUACUGCUCUGUAUGUUGGUCCACUUAUAACGUACGUGCGUGUGUACCAUGAGAAUAUACUCAAAACAAUUCUUGGUGGAUCAGAGAAAAAUUUUCCCAAGACUCCGACUCAAUAUCACGCUUUUGGUCCCUGGCUCGGAAAAGGUUUGUUAGUGCUUGAUGGAAAAGAAUGGCAACGACGCAGACGACUACUAUCGAACUCAUUCCAUUUUGACAUUCUGAAAUCAUAUGCAAUUAAAAUGAAUGAAUGUUCGCAAGUUUUAGUUGAUAAAUGGUCGGAAAGAUUGAAAAGUCAUGAUGAAAUGAGUGUUGAGAUAUUUUGUGAAUUCAGCUUAAUGACGAUUGACGUUAUCUUAAAGUGUUUAAUGGGUUUUGAUUCUGAAUGUCAUAAAGAAGACAGUGAGCAUCAAGCUUAUGUGAACAGUAUUUACAAAGUCACACGAUGUGCAGCACAGCGAUUUCGAGGGUCUAUUUUACUGAGGUUUGAUUGGAUAUAUUAUAAAACUCAUGACGGGAAGGAAUAUUUAAAAUCAAGUAAGGAUGCUCGAGAUUAUGCCGAAAAAGUUAUCAAUUUGAGAAGAAAGGAAUAUGCGGACGGGGCAACAAUUGGGUCAAAAUUAGGAUUGAAUAGGAAAAAUAAUCGCCAUCAUGAUUUUCUUGAUAUACUUCUACAAGCAAAAGAUUCCGAUGGAAAUCAUUUAACGGAAAAAGAGAUUUCAGAUGAAGUCAAUACUUUUAUGUUUGAGGGUCACGAUACUACCACAAGUGCAAUAUCAUGGACUUGCUAUUGCUUGGCUACGAAUCCAAAACACCAAGAUCUUUGUUACGAUGAAAUCUCAGAAAUUUUAGGCGACAAGGAAGACUUGGAAUUAAAUGAUCUAACGAAUUUGCCAUAUCUUACCAUGUGUAUAAAAGAAGCCUUACGUCUGUAUCCACCCGUGCCUUCUAUCACCCGGUCUCCAACAUCAGAUCUUAAUGUUGAUGGUAAAAUUAUAAAAAAGGGAACAGAUGUUAUUUUAUCAAUGUUAGGUGUUCACCACAACUCAAGACUUUGGCCAAAUCCAGAACUUUAUGAUCCGAGUCGAUUUACACCCGAAAACUCAUUGAAGCGUGACCCAUUUUCUUACAUUCCGUUUUCAGCUGGAAUCCGUAACUGCAUUGGCCAAAAUUUUGCGAUGAAUGAAAUCAAAAUAUGCGUGGUGCAUGUGCUCAGGAACUUCCAUCUUGCUUUGGAUGAAACGAAGUUGAUCACAGAAUCACUGGAAUUGAUUUAUAGGAGUAGAACUGGAAUUCAUUUAAUUGUGAAGAAAAGAAGCCAUAAUAAUGAAUAAACUUGAAUAGAUAUUUUGUCCAGGUUAGGUCAUUAGAUUUCUUGGUUUGUAGUUUGUUCUUUGUUUAUUCACGCCUCUGAGUAAAAGUAACACUAUCGCCAUUGCAUUACUGAUUACUCUGCUGAUAGAUGUGGGUGAUGAUUAUGUGCCAGAUUCACCCUGUUUCCAGUCCAUGUGGGGUAUGGGAAUAGCUUUCCUGUAAUUCGUCUUUCAGAUGCAUGGACCUGAUUGUGGAAGAAGCGUAACCGGCCAGUGGUUAGGUGAACCGCCCUACUGCUGCGAGGAGUCCAGCAAUCCUCUCGCAUAUAAUUAUCCUCCACAGGAUACGAGCCUGCGAAUCAAUGCAAGCUAAUCAAGACGUAUGAUGGCGAGUGUAUUCCUAUCGCUUAGCAUGAUGUGCACACCAUUGAGACGAUUUUUCAGUUAUGGAUUACUCCUUCAUCAAUGACCAUAUAUCAGGCUUGGCAGAAACCAUUUGUCACCGCAUCUUUGAAUGGGUUCACAUGUUUGAACUCCAUGGAAAACAAUUAUUUUCGAGAAGAUUGCUAGAAUCUUCACCAUAGUGAUAGGUAGACUCUUUGUCAUGGGAUAAUUCCUGUAAUCGCUGGUCAGUUACUGCUUCCUCCCCCAUCAAGUCCAUGCAACUGAUUGAAAUAAUUGGUCAACAAAUUCCAUAUCCAAAAGGCCUUGAUUCACUGUAUAUUUGAGACAUCUUUUCGCUUUUCAGUCAUUACCAUAUCCGGUCUCAACUGGUAGCCAAUUAAGAAACCAGUGGCUGGAAUUAACCUGUUUUAUUAUCAUUUUUUCUCUUCUGUAUAAUUAUGAAACUCCAUUUCAUUUUGGUCUAUGCUUGAUGGCAGCGGAGUCGAGCAUCUCUGCCAACCACUUAGAAGAAGUGUUCAGGCAUAUUAUUGCGUCAUAAUUGACAGUUCACUGCAAAAUGUCUACUAGUUACCUAGUAUUCUACGCUAGAAGGCUGUUGCUUUCACUUACCUUCGUCUUAGUGUCCAUAUAUUUGAGCAUUAUAUUUGAUUGAUACACAGUUUCCAUUUAUGUUUUCCAAUAUUCUCCAGGGUAAAUUUUUAUACAGAGUUCUACUAUAAGACGUCUACUUAACAAAGUUCUGAUUUCUUUUUCAAACAUAACUAAAGGGUAAAGUUUUUUAUAUGCGUAUUCAUUAUUAAUUGUUUUAUUUCUUGAAUAUGAUAAUAAUAUAAAUAUUAUUUUGCAGUAUUAAUCCAAUAGUAGAGCUUUUAUUUGUUUGUUUCUGAUAUUUUCUUGAUGUUACUUAAAUCUGUUUUAACAAUUUCUUCAAUAUUUUUAGUAAAUUCUAUUUACGACACGAAUUUGUGUCCGCCACUCUAAACAAUACCAACUGAUAUCUGAUGACAUGUAAGGUGCUCCUGUUUUUUUGAGAAAAAAAAUAUUUUCGCUCCAGCAUUGCCUACCUAAUUUGUUAACCCUGGGUGGAGUGGUAUAUUUGAUUUUACUACCUUUAUUGAUUUAGUUCCCAAGAAGCCUCAAUCAAUUUUUAUAUCAUAAUACAGGGGUCGGGGACCUUUUUGAUCAAGAGAGCCAUGAAAAGUACAUAUUUCCAAUUGCAUUUUCGUGUAAACCAAAUAACAUUUCUUCAC